GUGCAAAAACAAAAAACAAAAAAACAAAAAACAAUAGAAAUUUAUAGAUUUUGCGAAUCAAAAUGGUGUAUACAGGCUAUGAAGGUUAUAGCUACCACUCGGCCCAAGCUAUGGGCAUGCACAUGCCCCCGUCGGGCACCGUCUAUUUCAUGGUCGAGGAGCCGGAGGAGGUGCCGUUGACUCCAUCGAUCGCCGAGGUGCGCAGUUUCCUGGACGAGGAUUUCAACAAGCAUCCUCUGGAGCACAUCUGGACGGUGUGGCACUGGGAGAAUGAUCGUUCAAAGUCGUGGGGCGACAUGCUCAGUGAAGUGACGAGCUUUGAUACGGUUGAGGAUUUCUUUAGUGUGUACUAUUUCAUCAAGCCACCCUCUGAUCUACGCGUCCUCAACGAUUAUAUGGUUUUCAAGCAUGGAGUGCGUCCCAUGUGGGAGGAUAUUGCUAACAAAGAUGGCGGCCGUUGGAUUAUAAUUUUGGAAAAAAGUGCCAAGGCCAUGAGUGACAAGCUGUGGCAUGAUUUGCUGCUGUGCUGCAUUGGCGAGUGCUUCGAACAUUCGGACGAGAUCUGCGGCGUUGUCAUCAAUGUGCGCAACAAGGCCAACAAGUUGUCACUAUGGACAAAAAACUCGCAUAAUACGCGCGCUGUGCUGUCUCUGGGCCAACAGCUAAAGAACAUGCUACAAUUGACCGAUAUGCAGAUACAGUACCAGCUGCACAGUGAUGCCAUGAUCCAGCAUGGUCCCAAUGUCAACACUAUAUACAAAUUGUAAAUGCCCCACCCACAUCACGUUCAUGUUACUCAAGAUACACUAGUAUGUCACCUCCAAGAUCCUCUCGAGAGCGUUGUCGUAAAUGCACAGUUCAUUUUCUGGCAGAAACGUGCAUUUACGAUCGCCUCGGAGUCACACUCCCAUAGACCCAUUGUUUCUGAAGCACACUUCACAUUACGCAGCAAAUCCUCUGCACACGCACUGAUGAACAUGAAACAAACAAUACGAAUAUUAGCUGAAUAAAAUAUCGCAUACAGCUCUUAAAGCUUGUCGAAAGCUAUGCACGUA